AUGUGCGAUCCCAAAGGUGCUGCGAUGACUGUGCAGGCACCUCCGCUGACAAACGUGACGAUUCACACCACAAACGGGAAGAUAGUCGUCGAAGUUGUGCGCGACUGGUCACCCUCACAGGCGGAUAGGUUCUACAAUCUUGCACGGCUUGGCUUCUGGCAAGAUGCUCCAUUCUCGCGCGUUGUGCACGACUGGGUGGCCCAGUUCACCGCGUCAAAGUCCCCCAGACUGUCUGGGAUAUACAACGGCAACGAUUGCACCGAUUCGCCGCAGCCGCCCUGCCUGGUGCCGGGCUCGUGCUUGCCCCCGCUCUGUAGCGAGGCGGGGGAGGAAGACGACGGGGCGCUGGUGAUAUCGAACGAGGUCUUUAUCAACAAGGUGGACAACUCCGACGCCCUGGACGCUUACGGCUUCGCUCCAUUCGGGCGCGUCGUGUCUGGGAUGGAUGUGGUGGACGGCCUCUUCAGUGGAUAUGGCGAGUUCUCGUGCACCUCGGGCCAGUGCUUUGCAGGCGGCGACCCCGAGGGGAGCGGCUGCCUCGAGGGCCGCCCGCCCGAGUGCGCAUCGAAGCACAACGCGUCCGUGCCGUGCUUGGCGCCGCGAUGCUUCGAGAUGUACGCGAUUGGUGCCGAUUACUACAAGAGCAAGUUUCCACGGAUGACACUGAUCGAGGAGAUGGUUGUGUAA